CUGUAACUUAAUGUAUUAAGAGCUAUAUAGCCUCACAGUUUUAUUUGGGUUUUAAACGUGUUAACACGCUCAGAAAUUUAUUUGUGUUGUUCCAAAUUUGUAGGUGCAAGUAAAUUUACAAGUUUUUGUUUGGAAAUAUUUUAGAAAUUUAGCAUACCCAUACAGCAGUCAACAAUCUGUUAAUAUACAGCUAAAGAAAACGCGCACAUUUUUCUUUACAGCUGUACACUUGUUAAUCGUAGCAGAAACAACUCAAUUUUAAUUAUCAAAAAACAACAAACUGCAAAAACAAUUUUAAACAUGAAUAAAUCGGAAGGAAGCGCACACCAGGGCCACUACAAGGCCAACACCCUGAACACGCAGGAUUCGCGCAUGCGUCGCCAUGAGGUGACCAUCGAGCUGCGCAAAUCGAAGAAGGAGGAUCAGAUGUUCAAGCGCCGCAACAUCAAUGACGAGGAUCUGACCUCGCCCCUCAAGGAGGUCAAUGGUCAGUCGCCGGUGCAGUUGUCGGUCGAUGAGAUUGUGAUUGCCAUGAACAGCGAGGAUCAGGAGCGCCAGUUUCUGGGCAUGCAGCAGGCCCGCAAGAUGCUCAGUCGGGAACGCAAUCCACCCAUUGACCUGAUGAUCGGACAUGGCAUUGUUCCCAUAUGCAUACGCUUCCUUCAAAACACUGGCAACACCAUGCUGCAGUUUGAGGCUGCCUGGGCUUUGACCAACAUCGCCUCGGGCACAGCGGAGCAGACGCGCUGCGUCAUCGAGCAGGACGCAGUGCCGCAUUUCAUUGCCCUGCUACAGUCCAAGUCCAUCAAUCUGGCCGAGCAGGCUGUCUGGGCACUGGGCAACAUUGCUGGCGAUGGCGCCGCCGCACGUGACAUUGUCAUUCAGAACAAUGUCAUCGAUGGCAUCCUACCCUUGAUCAAUCAUGACACGCCCAUCUCAUUCCUACGCAACAUUGUCUGGUUAAUGUCGAAUUUGUGCCGCAACAAGAAUCCAUCACCGCCAUUCGAGCAGGUGAAGCGUCUGCUUCCCGUGCUGUCACAGCUGUUGCUCAGCCAGGACAUACAGGUGCUGGCCGAUGCCUGUUGGGCCUUGUCCUAUGUGACGGACGACGACAACAACAAGAUUCAGGCGGUGGUCGAUACGGAUGCAGUGCCCCGACUGGUCAAUCUCCUGCAGACGGAUGAGCCCAGCAUCAUUGUACCAGCCUUACGCAGCGUUGGCAACAUUGUCACCGGAACGGAUCUGCAAACGGAUGUGGUGAUUGCUGCUGGUGGUCUGCCCAAGCUGGGCAUGUUGCUGCAGCACUCCAAGGGCAACAUUGUCAAGGAGGCUGCGUGGACAGUGAGCAACAUAACGGCCGGCAAUCAGAAACAGAUUCAGGCGGUCAUCGAUGCUGGCAUCUUCCAUCAAAUACGUCAUGUGCUCGAGAAGGGAGACUUCAAGGCGCAAAAGGAAGCCGCAUGGGCGGUGACAAAUACAACAACGUCGGGAACACCCGAGCAGAUUGUCGAUCUGAUUGAGAAGAACAAGAUAUUAAAGCCUUUCAUUGAUUUACUGGAUGCCAAGGAUCCCCGCACCAUCAAAGUUGUGCAGACGGGUCUCUCCAAUCUAUUCGCACUCGCCGAGAAAUUGGGCGGCACUGAGAAUCUCUGCCUGAUGGUCGAGGAGCUGGGUGGCCUCGACAAGUUGGAAGCGCUACAGCAGCAUGAGAAUGAAGAGGUCUACAAAAAGGCCUUUGCCAUCAUUGAUACAUACUUUAACACUGGCGACGACGAGGCCGAACAGAAGCUGGCGCCCCAGGAGGUUAAUGGCGCUCUCGAGUUUAAUAGCACACAGCCCAAGGCGCCCGAGGGCGGGUAUUCCUUCUAAGUAACGCAAGUGCCAGCCAUCACCAUCUCCAAAACCAACACACACACAACCAGAUACAGAUACAUUUUGUUCUCGUUUUUUUUCUUUCUAUUAUGCGACCGCGCCUACACAAACAAUACACCUUAUCAAAACUCACUCACCCACACACACACACACAAACACAUUCUAUACUAGUUUGUCACUCCCAAGCACACUCACACACACACACACACACACACAUGGACAUUUAUAUUUCAAUUCAAAACAUGCACGGAAGGAAAAUCCUUAAUUGUGUUUUUCCCCAUAAUUGUACUGCAUACGGCCAUGAAAACGCAUCUUCGGCGCGUUCUUAAAUUCGCUUCAAAAUUUCCAUUUCCAUUAGCACACAUAUACCCACACACAACUGCACAAAUUACCAUGUGAUUAUACCCUUCACCUGUCCAGCUGUGCUGACAGGUGUUGGGUUUUUUUAGACAAUCGGGGCUCAGAGCGCAGCCUGUUGCGUUUGCAUGGCCGAAUGUACUGUUUUGGAGUGUGCUUUAUUCCUUUUUAAAUCGCCAUAAUUUUCGGAUAAUAUUUAUGUAUAUUUAGGCUGUUAGUAUAUUUAUUGAAUAUGUAUUUGUAAUGUACUGUUGUGAUUACAAUACGCAACCACAAACCCAUUAUUUUAGAACACUAAACACUUCACACAACGCAAAGCAAUUUAUCAAUGUGUCCUCAUCCCUGUAUUAAUACAAUGAAUAAAAAAAUAUAAAUAUAAAUAA